UUGAAAGUGGAAACGAGGCAAAGCUUAUGAGAUAAGUUGAAUGCGAGCGAGGAAAUUGGGGAAGAAUAUUAGGCAGAAACGAGAGAAAUUCCCAAACUUAGCGAAAGAAAUCCAAACCCCAAAGAAACCAAAGAGCCUCUGAUAUAAACACUUGUCCUCCAUCUUCCCCUUUUGCCCAAAAAAAGCUCCCUUCUCUUCCCAUUUCAAUGUCAUCUCUCUCUUUCUCUCUCUAAAUCCAUUCCCUCUUAUUUAAUUCCCUCUUUCUUUUUCAACCUCCACCAACGCCAUUGCUCUGCACCAAGCAUAAACAACGGCAGGGUCUUGGUCCAAAUUUGAACAACUUGGGGUUGUCAUUUGGUGCCUUGAUCCUAUCGGAAUCGAGCAAUCAUCAAGUCCCUGCCGUGGAGAAUGAUGAACAGAAACCUGAGUUGAUAUCGAUCCAUGAUAAGAUCUUGUGAUGGGGUCCUUGAACUUGGAGAAGAAAUGGCUAUUUCCUCUUGUUAUAAGCUCUCUUAUAUGCAUAUUCCUUUUUGUCACCUUAUUCAACAUGGGUCUUGUCUCCUCACUUUACACAAUCAAUUCGCUUUUCGCAAUCUUUCCUGCUCGAAUAUCUACAAAUGACACUGGAGUUUUUGCUGAAUUAAAGAUUGUACAACCUUCACCUCCUUCUCCACCGCCAAGUCCCCGUUUUGGUUAUUUGAUUUCUGGGUCAAAAGGUGAUCUGGAAAAGCUAUGGAGAGUCCUUAAAGCAGUGUAUCAUCCUUUGAAUCAAUAUGUUGUCCACUUGGACCUCGAAUCACCGGCCGAGGAACGAUUGGAAUUGGCUUCCCGAGUGGCGAAUGAGUCCCUUUUUGCUGAAGUCCAGAAUGUUUUUGUGAUCACCAAGGCCAACAUGGUUACUUACAGGGGACCCACCAUGGUUGCUAAUACUCUUCAUGCCUGUGCCAUUCUUCUUAAGAGGAGUAAGGACUGGGAUUGGUUUAUCAACCUCAGUGCCUCUGAUUAUCCUCUUCUGACUCAAGAUGAUCUUAUUUACACGUUCUCGGAUUUAGAUCGAAACCUAAAUUUUAUUGAGCACACAAGCCAGUUGGGGUGGAAAGAGGAUAAGCGAGCAAUGCCAUUGAUCGUAGAUCCUGGUUUAUACAUGUCGAACAAAUCAGACAUAUAUAAUGUCAAUCCAUCGCGAACUUUGCCAACAGCGUUUAAAUUAUUUACUGGUUCGGCAUGGAUGGUCCUGUCUCGUGCGUUUGUGGAAUACUUGGUUUGGGGUUGGGAUAAUCUUCCAAGGACCCUUCUCAUGUACUACACUAAUUUCGUUUCGUCGCCCGAAGGUUACUUCCACACGGUCAUAUGCAACGUGCCCGAGUUUGCUACCACGGCUGUGAACCACGACUUGCAUUACAUCUCUUGGGACUUCCCCCCCCAACAGCAUCCACACAUACUUUCUCUUAACGACACGGAGAAGAUGAUCACAAGCAAUGCUGCCUUUGCUCGGAAGUUCAAACACGACGAUCCUGUGCUAGACCAGAUUGACAAGGAUUUGCUUCGUCGGAAGAAAGGGGGCUUCACUCCUGGUGGUUGGUGCGCAGGCCACCCCAAGUGUUCCACAGUCGGUAAUCCGAUGAAACUCAAGCCAGGCGAAGGAGCUCAACGGCUUCACCGUCUUGUAGCUAGACUUGUUUUGGCAGCUAAGUCUGGGGAAAACCAGUGUAAAUGAUUCUUGUCCGAGUUUCUUGCAAUAAGACUCGAACUACACAUUCGAGGAAGCCGGAGGCGGAGGAGGAGAACGUUAAAUCCCGGGUUCGUCCAUCAACUCAAAAAACGCAGUCCAUUGCUAAAAUGCAGGGAAGGAGAUAUACAAACCAUGGCUACAAUAUCCAUUAUAAUCUGAAGAAGGUUAGUGCAAAUAUUAGCAUAAAUGCAUUUUUCCACAGGUUGGGAUCGUUGGAGCUUAUUAACCAAAGUUACCGAGUUCUAUUAUUUACACAAAAACUUCAUCCCACAAUAUUCUUAUAAAUGUUGCAAAUUUUUUUAAUCUCUCAUUUUCAUUUUGAGCUUAUUUAGAUGUUGUAUUUCUUCAUGAAUUUUCAGUUUGUUGACCAAGCUGCCCUUUGUACGUUGAAUGGGAAAAGAGUUAAAUAAAUAAAACCUCUAACCACUCGAUUCAAGGCCA